UUUCUUGUCAGAAGGUGUGCUGAAGUGUUAUAUUGCACCAUAUGCAUUUUCCUCGAAUUUAUUGAACAUUUUCAGCUUGUCUGCUUCCUUUUCGACAUUGAUCCCUACUGAUUCUACAACAUCUGGAGACUUUGAAUGGAUCAAGGCAUUUAGAAUACUGAGACUGGUCCGUAGCUUUAGUGGCUUUCAAGCCCUGCGUGGUGUCUCAAUCAUGGUGGCCGUUGUAGUGAAAUCACUUCCUGACAUGGCUAGCAUCAUCUUUGUCCUUGUAAUCUACAUGAUGAUCUUUGGUGUGUUUGGUGUCAACAUGUUUGGGCUUGAUUAUCCACAGCACUUUGGAAAUCUUAACCAAGCAAUGAUUUCGCUCUUUAUCUGCAUCACACAAGAUGGAUGGGUUACCAUUUAUGAUGAUCUAAAGUCUGAAGGGGGUAUGGCAAUGCAUGUUGCGGGCAUUUAUUUUUUUUUGUUUGUGACAAGUGGAAGCUUUGUUUUUGCCAAUAUUUUGGUUGCUGUGGUGACCACCAAUCUGGAAAUAGCAAUGGAUGACUAUAUGAAGCAGUGUGCUAUAGAGCAGAAGAAAAAGGGGAAAGAAUCUGAUGGGCUGGUUCAUCUGAGCAUUGAAGAAACAUCGAAACAAGUCCCUCUUAUGGGGGAACCUUGCAUACAGGACCCCAUUGAAAACCUGGAUAUUGAGAAAUUUGAAAACUUAACACUCAUCAUCCAACUUAUGAAGGACAACAUGGAGGAGUAUAUUACGUUUCGUCAAGAAUUAGACAGAAUCAUUCAGGAAGUCCAGGAGCUUCCCGUCAAUCAAGGAAGACAGGAGGAGAUGAUAAGGCGGCACCAAAUGAUGAGAAAACUGAGUGACUCUGUCUUGAAGGACAGUGUUGCUUCUGGAAGAAGUGGUGAUGUGCUGUCCACACUAAUAAUGCUGGAAAAGGCAAAUGUUAUCAACACAGAAAUGGACUUUGUAGUGCAAGAUGGUGUAAGAAGGAGACCACGUUUGUAAAAAAGCAGACAUGAUGCUUUUGACGAAAUCAAAAUCCUAAACGGUCAUGCUUUGUAGAUGGAUGUACCAGUUAACAAAUCACAUAUCUAGAGUUACACUCAUAGACUUCCUUUGGCAUCUUCUCCCAAACUCCAGAGGCAUGCUGCCAGAUUGAUUAUCAGCUCAUCCUUUUCAAUACAGUCUUGGUUCCUCCCUCUCAUAUACUGCCGUCAGGACAGGCGCUGGCAAAAUAUGACCUUAAAUAGGUAAAUGGACGGAUAUUUAAAGAGAUUGUGGCUAUUGCUGGCCUGAGUUAUAGACUGUAUCAGUGACAUCUCACUAGUGAGGCAAACAAUAGUAGUUUUACUGGUGAAAUGGGCAGCCUGACUCAUGCUUUUAGCAAAAAUAUAAUAGUAGUCUGGCAAAAAAAUGUUUUGGAGUAGAAAGGAGGCUGAGGGUUUUCUUUUUUAAUUUUUUAUAGUAGCAUUUGUUGGUAGAAAUAAUUAGAAAUAAGAUAAACAACAGAUAUAGUAAAAGGUUGGGGAUGAACCAGGUACUGUGUUUAAUGCAAUAAAAAAGGAAAAAAUCCAAACAAUAUCACGGAUGACUUGAAUCAAUUGGAGCCUCUUUUGUAGGCUACUAAAUAGUUGUUUGCCUUGCUUGAUAGCUCCAUCCUCAUUGGAUGUGGUUUCCUUAAGCCUUAACUGCUUGCACAAUUUCUCAUCUCAUAAGUACUCCUGCAUUGUACU